AUGCAUCUAAUCACAAGUGUCGCAACUGUACUGUCCAUAGGCCAAGGCGUAAGUGCAGCCUUCGGACUCACUUCCACAACCACUGGAUACAAGGUUGACACUGAUGGCGGACUGGUCUUCGAGAUUAAUAAGUCGACUGGCGAUCUUACUAGCCUCAAUUACAAUGGUGUAGAAUACCAAGGCACUGUCAAAGCAUCCGGAAUAAAUUCUGGUCUAGGUUCUUCAACUGUCACAGCUGAGACGAUCAAUGGCUUCAUCAAGAUCACUGCAAAGUCAAGCAGCCUACCAGUAACGCAUUAUUAUAUCGCUAAACCCCAGGAGGCAAGCAUAUACAUGGCCACGAACAACCAAGGUGAAGUAGAUCCAGGAGAGCUUCGCUUCCUUGCGCGCCUGCAAGUCUCUGAAGUGCCCACUGGUGUACACGGAAACGUAGGAGACGUCCGUGGCUGCACCGCAAUCGAAGGCAAAGACACAUUCAGAUGUUCCGAUGGUCAUACGGCUUGCAAAAUGUACACAUCAGAUCGCUUCAUCGACGACAAAGUGCACUGCGUCUCUGGCUCUAAAGCGCAAGUCUGCAUGUCCAUGCCUGGCCUUGCCUACGAAACUUCCUCCGGCGGCCCAUUCAUGCGCGAUAUAAAUUCCCAAACCACCGAUCCUGACCAAGAACUUUAUUUCUACAUGAAUUCCGGCCACGUGCGCACUGAGGCCUGGCGCAGUGGUCUGAAAGGUCCAUACGCCAUUACUUUUCAACCCGCCGGCGCAUCACCUCCUUCUGCACCCGACACGAGUUUCUUCGGUUCGCUGAAAAUCGACGGAUACGUUGGCGAAAGCGGUCGCGGCAGCGUUACUGGUAAAGCAACAGGCGUGGACAGCAAGUUUGAGACCGUGCUGCAUUGGUACAACGACGCAGCGCAGUACUGGACCAAAGCGUCGGGCGGAAAUUACAAAAGUCCGGCGAUGAAAGCGGGGACGUACAACAUGAAACUGUACAAGGGCGAAUUUGUCGUUGCUACCGACACGGUCACCGUCACUGCGGGACAAACCGCGUCCAAGGACAUUGCAUCAAAAGAGGUAUCGCCCGCGGUGAUCUGGCGCAUUGGUGAAUUUGACGGGCAGCCGUUUGAGCUGAAGAACGGCGAUAAGAUCACCAGGAUGCAUCCGUCUGACGUGCGGAUGAGUUCUUGGGCUGGAUCAUAUACAGUGGGGACGUCCAAGGCGUCAGACUUCCCCAUGGCGCUGUGGGCGAAACAAAAUACCGCUGCAAAUGUCACCUUCGAACUCACCAGCGCGCAAGUAAAAGCGCACGUCUUGCGCGUGGGCACGACGCUGUCUUUCAAGGGUGGACGACCGUCGGUCAAGAUUGGGAGCUGGACGGGAACAGACCCAGGAGCACCAACACUCAUUGAUUCACGAGGCGUGACGCGCGGCGCAUACCGCGGUUUCGGCGAAGUGUACACCUGGACAGUACCAGCGAGUGCGUUCCAGGCAGGAGCGAACACGCUGACGAUGGGUGUGAGUGGGAGUGGAGAUGCGGAGUGGUUGAGUGCGAAUUAUAUUGUUGAUGCGGUUGAGUUGCAGGACUAA